AUCGCUCGAAUGUGAUGGAAACGAAAUGGUACUGUUUCCUGUUCUGGUUCAGCUACCGGCUCACUCUAGCUUGUUUAGCGCAUUUUAACUGGUGCAUGUCAAUCUACACAAAUUGUGUGUACUUUACCCUAUGGAAAAGUUACGAUCUUCUCUGGUUCUGGAUGCAUUUUAUUCUGUGUAGUUGCUUCCCACAGUUGAGGCCGGAAAACUACCUGAUUGUCUGGGCAAACUUGGUUAUCAAGAAACUCACCAAGUAUCCGGACUACACUUUCAAGCAAUUGUACUAUGCCCUCUACACAACCAACCGAUCGGCGCACUUUACGAAGCGUUUGAUGUCGAGGAAGGAGAAGAAAGGAGUGAUUGAACUUGACUCCAACAGUGACGAAGACGAGAAAAAUGAAACAGUGACAAGCAGAAGUAGAGCCCAGCAGCUAGAUGCGGAAGCGCCAAUCCCGUUGAGAACUAUCAACGCAGAUAAAUCAAGAAGCAUUCCUCCACCUGUGGCAGAGGUUCCAGAAAUUGACGAUGACGACGCUGAAGAAAAUGAUGAGCACAACACAACUGAAACUACGCCUCUGCGCCCGCCAAGGCCAUCUCGGCCAAAGUUUGAAGAGCCCGAUGAUGAUGAGGAUGAGGUUAUUGAAGUUGUGACUGAGCCGGUGCCAGAAACCGGUUCAAACAAAGCAAGUCCAACAUCAGAACAACCAAAGUGGAAAUCCUACGUGCCCAACACUGUCAUGAAAUUCUUGCCAAGACAAACGAGCUCAACGCCUUCUGUACAAUCAAAAGCUUCAACAAACAAAGAUGUGAAGAAUGAAGUUAAUAAUGGAGAGGGAAAUAACUCAACAUCAGCUAUCGGGCGCUUUUAUGAUCGAAUCAAGUUCAACAGGUCUAAUUCGAAUACGUCUACGAAUACGAGAAGAUCUGAUGAAAUGGAAGUACUCCGUCCGGAUUACUCAAACCGCUACGACAUCCAUGACAAAUCAAAACGAGAUGCUCGUGAAAAACGUGAUCGCAAGGCUCUCCGACACAGAGUUCGCCACGAGCUCCGAAUGGCGAUGAAGGCAGAUGCAGCUAAAGAACGAGACCGGAAGAAAGUGACCGAUGCGAUUGAGCUCUUGCUCCAGCUGCUCCGAAUGAUGUCUUCAUUUGCAAUGCUCAUUGGAACAAUCAGAAAAACUUUUAUUCCAGCAUCGUUUAAAUAUCUCAAACCAGGACAACAUGCUUAUGACAAUUAUGAGCUUAUUUUGCUUUUCCGAUGCACCGCUUUUCUGGAUAUUGCCAUGUUUUGGAUGAACGUCACCUACGCGUACUGCCUGCAAUGGCAACUGUGCUGUCGACUCGGAUUCUUCCGAUUUGUGUUUUGGGCGAUGCUUCUUGGCGUGGUGUCAACGACAGUCAUGUUCAUCCCAAUGACGUAUGUCAUGAAUGACUUGGAUCUAAGCUGGUGCCGAUUGAUGCCCAACACCACGUUUGCAAAGUACCAACCCAGCUGGUGAUCCUUGAUGCUUUCUCAAAUAGUUUCAAAUCGCCCAAGCAGCUGUCUUUGUCUAGUUUUUAUUAUUAUCUUUCCUCUAUUUCCUCCAAGUCCUUCUAUUCUCAGCUUCAACCAUUGCCGUUCUUUCCGCACACAACGAACUGAUCAAACAUGUUUUUCUUCCGUUUUCGAGAUUCGGUUUUCCAAUUUUUUUUGUUUCAUUUACAAUUCUUCCCCGCAAACGGGUUCAUUUUACCAAAUUUGUAAGCCAAAAAUAAAUGCGUUUAUUCCAA